AGUGACGGUCAUUGCAUAGUCAAUGAUGAUAAAAUCUAUGCGAUCGGUGGGUUCGACGGGACGAGUUGUCAUUCGACGGUUGAGGAAUAUGAUGCUGGAUGCGAUAAGUGGAUCACGUUGAAACAAAAUAUGAGGAGUCGGCGCUCCGGAGUUCGAGCAGCAGUUGUGGAAGGGGCACUUUGUGUAUGUGGUGGUUUCGACGGAUCAGUUCGGUUGAACUCAUGUGAAUUUAUUGAUUUACGAGAAGGACAUUGGCAUUCUUUGCGACCAAUGAGCAAUCCGAGAUCGAAUUUUGGUAUCGAAACACUGAAUGAUCAAAUUGUCGUAGCUGGAGGGUAUGCGGGUGCAGUUGGUACCAUCUCCGAGGUGGAACAGUUCGACUUUAGAGCAGAUGCGUGGCUGCCUCUGCCUUCGAUGAGCAUGCGACGAUCGGCUGUUUACUUGACCAGAAUUGAUAGCCAUCCUAUUAUUGAGAAACUUGUUAGACCGAGUGGUAAUAAUACCAACAACAAUAUGAUUAGCAAUGUUAAUAUGAUGAAUAAUAACCACGAUAACAAUAAUAACAACAACGAAAAUAAUAUUGACGAGAUUGAUUAA